UAAUUCUUCACACUUGUUGUUUUCUCCGUCUCCAAGUCAGAAAUUCCCGUAAAUUGAAACUAAAUGCCGUUCACCAACGACUGAGGCCCCGCCCUCAUUCUUCGAGCAACAGCGACUGAAAGACUUCUCAGUUUGCCUAUCCCGAUGGUGCUGGACAAGAUUAUCCCCGACUUCAAUCUUACAUUGACCAACAUGGUUCUCAAUGGGCUUGAGCUAGAUCCGAACUACUACGGGUGUCCGGAAGAAAUUCACAAAAGACCGCCAAGUGUUCCAAGGCCGUAUUGGGGAAUGUGGUUUCUGGGAUCUGGAAUUGUGAUGCUGAUGCUCUACAUCCCAUGCUUCUUUGCAAUUGUCACUAGUCCACUUCUAAAAUCCCCUGCCUACAAAACCAUGUUGGUACUUGCGAUCUACGACAUCUCCUCGAUAUUCAUACACUCCAUUUCCACUGGGAUCUUAGGAUUCUUCGGAGUUCCAUUUUGCGAUUACCCUAGAUUAAUUGCCACUCUUGGAGGUGUCGCUCUUGGAUCCUGGAUGGGAUGCUGUAUUGCUAGUAUGACGUUGGCUGUGAUAAGAAUCUGCGACUUGAGCAUGCAAAUGAAUAUCAAAAAGUGUUUUGCGGGAAACAAAAUCUACUUUUUCCUAUUCUCGUUUUUUGUGUACGGAGUUGGAGCCGGAAUUCUUACAAAGCCAGUGAUAUUCACACCAACCCACAUGUCUUGGUUCUUUGACCCCAUGGUUGGAAAAAAUCCGGAGUUUUAUGUGAACCUGCCACAUACUUAUAACAACAUUAUCAUGGCUAUUUGUACAAUUGUCUUCUACGGAUUCUUGUCAUAUCUCGCUUUCCGAACUGCCGACCCAAAUGCUCAGAGAAGCUCGUCGAGAAAAGUUAUUAUCCUCCUCCAAUCCUUCUUCUUCUGCAUUUUCCACACAAUCGCUUCCGUCUUAUACGCUUAUAUGCAAUUCAUUGCAGCGCCGCCAUUUUUGAUUCUUGUCAGUCAGAUUGCCUGGCAAAUUAGCAGUGGUUCCGUGUGCAUUGUGUAUCUGACGUUGAACAAGACCAUAAGGACGUCAGUGAUGAAAAUGGUGUGCCCGAAAUCUUAUUUGUAUGGGAGAAGAAUUUCAAUCAUGCUAUCGAUGAAUAGUAAUAGCACCUAAUUUGUAUUGUAUUUUAUUUAUUACGAUUGAAAUCGUGAUCAAAAAUAAAUAGGGAAUAG